AUGAAAGACAAAAAAGGGAAAAUACUUGAGUGGAUAGGCAGAAACCCACGGCUUAAAGAAAUAGGAAAGCAGAUCAUAUCCCAGGUAGACCGAAUGUUUGCAGAAAAUAAAGAUAUUGAUGCAGAGAAUCCGUUGCCUUGUCUUCCCAUUUUCACUAGAAGAGAGAUUCUGCGCCGUCUCUGCUUACCCCUACUACAGAAAGUGCCACUUCUUCAAAAUGAGAGUGAAGAUGUGUUGGAAUUGAUUAGCAGAAACUUUCUCAAGCAAGUGUACUACAAUGAGAACAGUUACAUUGCUUGGGAGGGAGAACCACUUGAUGCUUUGCUCUUCAUCACGCAAGGCAUCGUAUGGACCUAUACAACUAGCCCUGAUAAUCGUCAAACUGGGUUUAUUACAACCAAUGACUUCUAUGGAGUUGAACUGCUAGAAUGGAUGUUCAACUCCCCCUCUUUGCGGGACCCAUCCAACCAUCCCUUCUCGACCAGGACUCUGAGAUGCCAUACAAAAGUCGAAGGUUUCGCUCUUACUGCCGGCAACAUGCAGCAUAUGCUUUAUAAAUACUGGUGGAAGUUGAGCAUGUUCAAAGAGAGCACCAACUCCAAUUUGAAGAAGCUGCAAAGUACUCUCGCCGCUUCAAACGUUCAGGCAGCGUUUCGCCGCUGGCACUACGCUUGUCAAACGAAACUUGAUGAUCAGUCUGACCAGAAGAAGGCUAAGAAGGCCGUUGGUGCUUUAGUACGUACGGUGUUAUGCAUCGACACUACUUAA